AUGAGGCCACGUAACCUAGGGGUUUUGGUUUUGGGCCUUACUUACUCCGUGCUUCUCACCAGUUUUUCUAUAUUUUAUUGGUUGCGCAAUAAUGAAUCGUUACUACACUAUUGGUGUGUAUUGUCGCUAUGCCCUGCAACGCUCUGGCUAUGGGCACUUAUAUCCUGGUGCGAUAGUGAAAUGUUUGCAAGCAGUAAAGACGAAUAA